AUUUCACACAGUGUAUGUAAAAUAGUUGUUCAACUAAUAACGAUGCCAGGAAGAGUACAAGGUGCUGGAUCGCAACAACAGUCAGGCAACUGUUACAAAUGUGGUCUACCUGGUCAUAUUGCCCGAGAAUGUACUUCUACUGAAGCAGGAGAUGAUAGAGGAGGAUAUCGAGGUGAAUAUCGUGGACGUGGAGGAUAUCGUGGAAGAGGGAGAGGACGUGGUAGAUAUGGCGGUAGUUCGUCAUACCAAUCAACCAAAUGCUACCGUUGUGGAAUGGCAGGCCACUUUGCUCGUGACUGCACAAAUGAGAGUGUACCAGGAAGCGGUCCACGUCGUGGUGGAAGACCAUCGAAUGACCAUUGUUAUCGCUGUGGUGACCCUGGCCAUAGGGCUCGUGAUUGCACAACUGAGGAGGACAUUUGCUACAAUUGCCGCAAGCCAGGACAUGUUUCUCGUGACUGCACUGAGGAAAAGGAAUGUUUCCGUUGCAAGAAGCUUGGCCAUUCUUCCCGCGAUUGCCCAGAAGAAAACGUUCCUUAUGAACGUGAAAAGACUUGUUUCAACUGUGGAAAACCAGGGCAUCUGAAAUUUGCAUGCCCAUCUAUGGUGUGCUACAGGUGUAAUAAGGAGGGCCACUUUGCUCGUGAUUGUGAUCAGGAAGAGGAUCAAUAUGCGGAACAAGAUCAAGCUCCGUACGAAUCUGAUCCCAAGGAUGGAGAAGAUGAAGAAGAAGCUGACUAAGAAUCAUUUGUACGGUAUUCGAUUGCUCUCAAUGCCGUGUUUUGUCGCAUAAUUUUCCUGUGUUUGUCGCUCAUACUACUGUAUUUAACAGUGGUAUGAGUUUUUUGUCAAACACAGGUGAAAGCGAGCCUAUCAAAGAUUUUUGGGAGAACGUACCACUUGUACUUAUCGUUGACUAUCAGUUGUAUAUGAAGGCAGUAUGGGGCUGCGGAACUUUAGGGUUUAUUAUUGAAACCAAGUAGUUGCGAUGUUAUAUAUAUAUGUGAUUAUUUGUGCCAAUCAAUUUUAUUCAGGGUCAUUCAUACGCUUCGGGCUGAUGGAAUGAAUUGUUUUUUUGUGAUCAUCCUGAAGCUGAUUAUGUUUUUGUCGUAAAGCUGAACAAAAAGUAUUCAAUAGAACAACCUCGAAGAACUUUUUUUAGAAUUUUUCAAGCUAAAUUUGGUAACGCUGAUAUUUGGUAGUUCGUAGUUACAUUGUAUAAUGAAGUUUGUAUUUUUUUUGUGUUGUUUGUUUUAGAAGUUAACUGAUGGAGUACAUAGUAAUUUGUUCUGAAAUGAUUGUUACCUCGACUUAAAGUUAUCAGGAUGUCAAUAGGUAUGGAACAUUACUACGGCAAUUCAUACACAACUUGAAUUUGAUUGCACAAUCAUUGCAAAGGCAACCGAUUAUUGCUGUUCUUUUAACAAAAGGUCGUUUUCAAAAUUGUAAGAGGAUAAUUUUCAACCUGCUUAAUAGUUUAAACACUUCUUGAAUGUUUCAAUAAUAUGGAAAUUCAGUUGGUGACUUCUGAUACAAAUCUUGAAAAUUAUACUAUUCAUUGUUACCUAAAUGUUUUAUUGCUUCUUGAGUUGAGUGUGAUCUAUAGUUUAGUGAAAAUAUGGAAUCUUUGAUAUUCUAAGGUGUCGUUUUUAAAAACUCAACUCGUACCCACUUAGGUUGUUUUAUAUUUUUAUGUUUGGCCGCAUCUAAUGUAUAUAUAUCUUUGUGUGAAGUUGUUUUUAUGACAGACGUUUUGUUUUACCAUGAUAAAAUCAAAUUGUUAACAGCCUUGGUUGAACUUGCUGUAUAUCUAUCUAUUCAAUGAACUUAUGAAUAAUUUGUUUUAGCUAGAGAAUUUGUUGUAUUGCUUGCAUAGUAAUUUCCAAGACAAUUCGAAAUAGAUUUGUUGUUAUUUUGACAGUAGGUAAGUCUGGUGCAAAAUCAGCUUUUCGUGAUUGACAUCGCAUGAUUCAUUUGUAAAUUUUCAGUAAGUAUAAGUUUUUGAAAACUCUUCUGCAACACUUAACAGGGAAAGUAUGUUACAGGGACUACUGAUUUGAUAAUUUUUUGCAACUCGCGUAGGAGAUUUGUCACUUGUAAUUUACUUGAGAUAUUGGAGUCUUCUGUAAAUUCUCUUAGUAAAACUCGAAGAAUUAUUAUCAACAGCCUGCAGCUGUGCGUUGUCAUUAUUACUCACAAUUAGAUCGGCUCAUACUUGACAAAGAAAUAUCUUGUGCUCUGUUUUACUUGGUAUUUGAGUUUUAAUUGUUUUAUACUAUAUUGUGUCAAAUUUUCUUUGUCGCGGCCCCAAAAAACUGCUUAUGAACUAA